AUGCUGGCGGCGCGGGCGCAGGCCAUCAAGCGCCUCAAGCAGCAGCACCCGUUCGUGGAGGAGGCCGUGCUGCUCAGCAAGCUCAUCGGCUACUGCUCCAAGGAGGCGCACUCGUGCGUCGAGAAGGCCGCCAUGAUCAGCUUCGAGCGCGGGCGCGCGGGCGCUGCCGCGCAGGCGAUGGAGGAGGACGAGGCGCUGGGCCACAUCCCGUUCUUCGUGUCGACCACGCUCGGCACCACCUCGUGCUGCUCCUUCGACAACCUCGAGGAGGUGGGGCCCGUGUGCCGCGCCUUCCCCGGCGUCUGGCUGCACGUGCGCGACCGGCUGCGCCUGACGUCGGCGCUGGUGGUGGACCCGCUGUACCUGCAGCACGGCUACUCGGACGAGGCCAUCGACUACCGCCACUGGGGCGUGCCGCUCAGCCGGCGCUUCCGCUCGCUCAAGCUGUGGUUCGUGCUGCGCAGCUACGGCAUCGCGGGCCUGCAGGCCUACAUCCGCCACCACAUCCGCCUCGCCAAGGCCUUCGAGGCCCUGGUGCGCCGCGACGCGCGCUUCCAGGUCUGCAACGAGGUCAAGGUGCGUGCACCCCUCGAAGCGAUGGACCACAACCGUGUCGUAGGGAUAGAUGUCUGGUCGACGGCGUCCAUAUACGAAGGUCUACACCGAGAUGGUGGUCAAGUUAAUGGAUAG